AUGACGCUGAAGUCUGUUGGCGGUGUGCCAGUGCCACAGGCCGUUCCUACUUCGUUCCAGUAUCCGAAAACCACCCCAACAGAAGAGCUUGACGCCGCUGCUAUUGCUGCACUGACGCCUGAACCGCUAAAGAUCACCAAGGCAGCGGUUGGCACGAAGCGAGAGGCAACGCCACCUACCCCGACCAAGGCUCGUCGAGCUUCGACAGGUGGGUAUCAUGGCGACACAAGCACAUCCAUGGGCCUAGCAGCGGCAUUGGAUACGCCGUUGGGCACCUCCUCGCUGCACACACUGCACGAUCCAAUGGCAGAUCUCUCCACCAGGCUCGCGCAACUGAGGGUGUCGUGUCCUUUGCCAGGUCUUGCCACAACAGGACUAUCCCAGACUGCGACCGAAGAUACUCACGAAGGCACGAGCUCGGUUCGCGUAAGCCCUCGGGUUGUCAGCUUCCCCCACAAGAUCAAGAGACCUACUGCCGUCACCCCUCAGGCUUCACCUUUUGGAUUUGGAGGUAACCCCUCUCCCGGCUCGACACACGUAUUCGGAUCUGGACAGCCGGGUAGUAACAUCGCGACCCCCGCGAUGGCCCAUUACAGCUCUCAAGCUCUCUUGCAUCGGCCAGCUGAAGCGGCUGCUAUGGAAGCCCCCCGAUCGAGGGACUCCACAACCUCAACCUCCGACGUUAGCAUUCAUGACACCACUUCUCGUGAGGAGAAGUUGGCAACCAAACCUCUCUACGUUGAACAUCAUCAGGCGCACAAUGCAGGCGAACCCGCCAGUCCAGAACAUCUUCGACCGAGCUCAUCCACCGCCUCUCAGGCUGGCAAUAUUCUCGCUGAAGGUCUAGAGGAAGAUGCCACUAUUCCGCCUCCGACUAUAGUCAAACCAGCCUUAUUCAAUCCCGAAGCCGCCGGGCAAGCCCUCGAGGAUCUCCAGAACAUGACCAAGGCCCAAGCUGGUAGAAAGAAGCGCUCCCGUCCAGCCGGUCAUGGCGGGUCGGUGCCUCAUGGUGGUCUUCUCGCCCUUGCUGGCCCCGGCCGCGCUGGAACUACGGCGCGUGGCCGUUCUCCGGCUCAGGGGUCCUAUGGCAACUCCAUAACUCGUGGUGAUUCUGCGGUUCGUGGCAAGUCAUUGAGCCGUGGCGGUGCUUCAUCUCGUGGUGGCAUCCCAAGCCGCCACCCUCCAGCGGCUCGACGCCCGCUCUACGAACCCGCUUCUGGCGGUGAAGCUAUACGCUGCUUCUACCAAGACCGCGAGGGUGGUUGCCCUCGCCCACAUGGCGAGUGCCCGUUUGUUCAUGAUCCGCCGCAGGACUCUGAGACCAAACACAUUCAGUCUGUCGAUAUCCAAGCAGCCACUGCCGAUUCCGUCGUUCGUGAUUGGGACGAAAUGGAGUCAGUUCGCUUUGCGCCUCUGGACAAUAACUCGGUUGGUACUUGUUCAGAUGUCGACAUGAGUGAUGCUGACUCAAUUUUAACUCAGCACGGUAGUGUCAUGUCUAUUGACACUCCUUCUAUCGAUGCUCCGUCUCUUACUGCUCCGUCUUUUGCUGCUCCUUCUCUUGUUGCUCCGUCUCUUGCUGCCCCGUCAUUUGUCGCUUCGUUCGCAUCUGUACCAUCCGCUGCUCCUCAAGCCAUUGCUGCUCAAUCCGUCAGUGGCCUCUCGACUGGUGGUCAAUCUGCCGGUUCUCAGUAUGGCGGCACGAACCAGUCACGCAAGAAGUCCGGCAAUCGAAAGGCUCCAUGCGCCUACUACACUACUCCAGGUGGAUGUUCCCGAGGAAUGUACUGUGGCUUCUUUCAUGAUCCUGCCUACGAUGCGGACAAAAAGACUAUUGCAACAGAGGGCAUGCUGAUUGGCCCUCAUCUCUAUCCAGGCCGCGAUCGCGUGUAA